AUGGCAGCUGCAGCAGAAGUCAAAGAUCCUGAGGCUUUUCUCAAAGACCCCCGCUUCUCCCAAACCUUCCAACUUCCGGCCGAUCCAUCGGAUGAUCAUGGCAGUCUCCAAGUGAAAUACUCCGACUACGGCUAUCACAACGCCACGGAUGAGAAUGUGCUACUCUUCUUUGCGCCGUUAUGUGCGUCAAGAAUUUUUCACUGCGCGAAAGAUGAGUUGGCCAAGAAGUACCGUGUUCGCAUCGUGGUUAUGGACCGGCCGGGUUUUGGUGGGACAGAUCCUGUCAAGUUGGAGAAGAGACCAGCCAUGUGUCGAAAAAUGACUCUGGCUCUGCUUAAACACCUUGGAAUCAAGCACGUUUCUCUUGCUUGUCACAGCGGAGGAACCGUCUACGCUUUUGACAUGCUCAUGCAUCACCCAGAGAUCCUCCACCCAGAGCGGCCCUACCUCGCCAUCGGAGCUCCCUGGAUUCUCCCAUCUCACUCACAUCUUCUUUCCAUGUCUGUGACCCAAUCACUGCCCGCUAGCAUGCUCGCCCAAGCAGACAAGUUAAUCGGCUUCGUGAACGGCACUCUCGGUCCAGUUGUCGCGACAUCCGCUGGCAUGAGCCAAAUGUUUGGAUUAUCCAAGAAGAAAAAUGUAGAAGGAGGCGCUGAGGAGACCAAGGCCGAUGCUCUGUUCGAGGAAUCCUUGGAACCAUUCUUAUUCAAACUUGUGCACGCAGAAAGUAUUCGUGGUUUUGGUGACGAGUCAGUUUUCUUGAUGCAGAAGACAGAUGGCGUACCAGGAUGGGGCGACUGGCUUGACUAUGACGAUUUGGUGCCCAAGUUGGUGCAAGCACUGAAGGCAGCUGGCAAGAAAUUGACCGUGGAUGUCUACUACGCUGAGGAGGAUUCUAUGAUUGGAGCGCCGGGAACGGAUGGUCCGAAAUGGCUGGACAGCUGUUUCAAGGGAGAAGAGGUUGAGCAAGUCAUUACCUACAACACGAAGACCAUCGAAGCAGCGGACCAUGACACCAUUUGGAGUAUACGCCGAGGUGUUCCCGUUGAUGUCUUCAAGAAAUUGGCUGGAUGA